GCACACUGCCAUGUUACGAACAGCGCCCUCAAUCUCGCCACGUCGUCUGCUACUGCGACAUGUGCCGCCAUGAGUAAUCCGCUCGCCGAGUAUCUGUCGGCGCUCGAGGCACGCGAUGCGCGGGAGAAGGCGCAUCAAGGCUAUGUCGACGCUUACAGCAAGCUCGCCGACCGCACAGCCACUCUAGCACGUCAACCGCCAGCCGCCACUGAAGAGGCCGCUCCGUCACCCAGUGUCUCGACUAAAACCCUGCGCCCUGGCACACCCAAGGGCAAACCCCCACUGCCUCCACCAGACACAUCGUCUCCCUCGACCCUUGCCCAACUCCGCUCUGAGCUCGCCUCGACGCACCGCACCCGCAGCGCCCUCGAAUCCCAGGUCACGAGCCUCACGACAACCCUCGCAGCCUUGCAAGCCUCGGACGCGACUCAGAAACAGCGCAUCACGCAGCUGGAGAAGACCAAAGUCAACCUGGAGAGGCGGGGCAAAGACCGCGCAGAGGAGUUGAAGGGCAAGGGCAGGUUCGUCGAGGAGGUGCAGGAUGAGAUGGUGGCCCUGAAUCUGCAGCUCAACAUGGCCGAGCAGGAGAAGGAGAGGCUGAAGCGGGAGAAUGAGGAACUGACCAAGAGGUGGGUGAGUCGGAUGGAGGAGGAGGCUAGCAAGAUGAAUGAUAGGAUGGGGUGGCAGGAUGGAGAGGGGAGGGUCAAGGGCGAGGGCAAGGGCAAGGGCAAAGGCAAAGGCAAGGGCUAGAAAUGGGGAUUGAGCGAGGCCGUCGAUGUAGCUAUUUUUCUUCUGUGAUUCAACAAGUUUCGUG